CAUAUGAUUGUUCAAUGGGAGAUGAACAAGAUCCGGUUAAAUGUGAAAAUAGUUGUAGUCAAAUUAAUUCUCAAUCGAUUGAAAUCAACUUAUUCUGUUUCUUCGUCUUAUCUAAUUAACAAGAUGACUGUUGGUGAUGCUUCGGGUGCCACUCAGGUUAAAUCUCCAUUGAAGGAGUUAUCACCGUUACCGGAAUUUCUUGACCAUAGAAUUAAAUUGUGGGAUAAGUUUAAAGCCGAUUAUGAAGCUGAAUUGGCCACCAAAGAACCGAAGCCAAUCAAAAUCUCUGUUACCGAUAAAGAUGGAAAAGUUAAACAAUUGGAUGAUUUGGAGAGUUGGAAAACCACUGUAAUGGAUGUCGCCAAAAAAAUUGGAUCUAAAUCAUGGGUUGAAAGUAUAAUCAUCUCAAAGGUAAAUGGUAAAUUGUGGGAUCUUGAAAGGCCAUUGGAAAAUGAUUGUUCUAUUGAAUUGGUGAAAUUUGAUGACGAUCAAGGUAGAGCGGUUUUCUGGCAUUCGACGGCUCAUGUUUUGGGAGAAGCGUUGGAGAGACUGUACGGAAGUCAUUUAUGUUAUGGUCCACCCAUUGAGAAUGGUUUUUAUUACGAUAUGUACAUGAUGCACAAAUCAUGUACUUCGUGUGGAAACUCUGGUGACGCAGAAACUAAAACCUCAGAUGAUAAUCUGUCUACUGUUUCUCUUCAUCAUUUCCCUCAGAUUGAGAAUCUAAUGAAAACCAUUUGUAAUGAGAAACAACCGUUUGAAAGACUCGAACUAACGAAGGAUCAGCUUUUAGAAAUGUUCUCUUAUAAUCAAUUCAAAGUCCGAAUUCUAAAUGAAAAAGUGAAAGAAGAUCGAACAUCAGUUUAUCGAUGUGGCUCUUUGAUCGAUUUGUGUUUGGGUCCACAUAUCAAACACACUGGUCUCAUUAAGGCUCUUAAAGUAACCAAAAGUUCAUCCACUCAUUGGGAAGGUGAUGUUUCGCGAGAGCCAUUGCAAAGGGUCUAUGGUAUAUCUUUUCCAGAUACCAAGCAAAUGAAAGAAUGGGAAAGAUUUCAAGAAGAAGCAGCUAAACGUGACCAUAGAAAAAUUGGAAAAGAUCAAGAUUUAUUCUUCUUCCAUGAAUUCAGCAGAGGAACAGCUUUCUUCUCACCCUAUGGUGCUCAUAUUUACAAUACACUUAUAAAUUUCAUUCGAAAAGAGUAUCGUGGAAGAGGAUUCAAAGAAGUUAUUUCACCAAAUAUUUAUAACACUAAACUCUGGGAGACUUCGGGCCAUUGGCAACAUUACAAAGAUAAUAUGUUUGUUUUCGACCUUGACGAAGAAAAAUAUGCUCUUAAACCAAUGAAUUGUCCAGGUCAUUGUCUCAUCUUCGAUUCGCGUACCCGAUCUUGGAAAGAAUUACCAAUCAAAUUCGCUGAUUUCGGUGUUCUCCAUCGAAAUGAAGUCUCUGGUGCUCCCGGGUUAACGCGAGUCCGUCGAUAACAAGAUGAUGCUCACAUCUUCUGUUCUCAUAAUCAAAUUGAAGAAGAGAUUGUGAAAGCUUUACAAUUCAUGCAAGAUGUUUACACUACUCUUGGGUUCACUUUCGAAAUGGUUCUGUCCACUCGACCAGAUUCCUACAUCGGUGAGAUUGAAAUUUGGAAUAGUGCCGAAGAAGCUUUAACGAACGCUUUGAAUGCUAGUGGACACAAAUGGGGACUCAAUCCCGGCGAUGGUGCUUUCUAUGGACCUAAAAUCGAUAUAACUGUGAAAGAUGCUCUUAAAAGAUCAUAUCAAUGCGCCACAAUCCAGUUGGAUUUUCAGUUACCAAUUCGAUUCAAUUUGAGUUACAUUGGACCGGAUGGUGAAAAACACAAGCCGGUCAUUAUUCAUCGAGCCAUCUUCGGAUCUGUUGAACGCUUCUUAGCAAUCUUAGCCGAGAAUUUCGGUGGUAAAUGGCCUUUCUGGUUAUCUCCUAAACAAGCUAUUCUCAUUCCUGUAGCCGAACCUUUCAUUGAAUAUGCUGAGGCAGUUCGCUCUAAAUUGUAUGCAGCGGGUUUCGAAGUUGAAAUUGGAGCUGAUCCUGGACUGAGUUUAAAUAAGAAAAUUCGAAAUGCUCAACUCGACAGAUUCAAUUUCAUCUUGGUUGUUGGAGAAAAAGAAAAGGAAAACGAUUCAGUGAACGUUCGUACAAGAGAUAAUGUCGUUCGUGGUGAGAUAAAAGUGGAUGAUUUAGCGGAGAAGUUCAAAUAUUUCGUCGAAAAGAGGGUUUUAAAAGCAGAAGAAGAUUUCUAAUAUUCAUUCAUUUACUUUCUACUCUCCAAUCUAUUCACUCGGAUAACUUAUACCCGAUGAAAGUGAAUAUAAUUGACUUGGUUUUGUUUGAUUGUUUGAUUUAGGAAAAAUAAAUAAACUCUUUUAAUUGAGACAA